GCAAGCAGCUAUUUCUGCAGGGUGUAUGUAUGACAGAUGAUGGAGCAGAUAAAGUUUGCACGGCUAUAAAUUGAAGAGAAUUUCGACUAAAAUGUUCAUUUAGUGUUACAGGUUACAGCUAAAGAGUCUUGCAGCAAUAGUUUGUACAAUGGUUUCCAUGGUCGGCUUAGUUGUCUGCUGUAUGUUUGUACCGCUGGUUCUUGGCGACUGGGCAGAUACUGCUGUUGGAUAUGAGCAUCCAGUGUGGAAUUUAACCGACAACCAACCUAAGGACGGGUCAUACCAAGUGCGACGCUACGCGCCCUGUCAUUGGGUAACUACAAAUGUCACAGCUUGGACAUGGGACGAAGCUGGUGGGACUGGAUUCAAGAGGCUUUUUGCUUAUAUAAACGGGGAUAACAACCGAGGCGUCAAAAUAGACAUGACUGUGCCCGUAGUCGUAAAAAUUACCUCCAACCCGUGUGUCUUCUGCCAGAACGUGUAUACUGUAUAUUUCUACAUACCACAGUUGUACCAAGCAAACCCACCAACUCCAACCGACCCUUCUGUCAAGGUUAAGUUUCUUGACAAACCCUGGGUGGAAUACGCCAGGCGAUUCACAGGUUUUGCAGAAGGAAUGGACCCGUUUGUUGAGACCAACCAAUUGUGGAGCGACAUGGAGAGGAACGGCGUAAAUUGCACUAAAAUAUUUGAUUCUUACAUGUACAUGGCCAGCUUCGAUUCUCCGUUUAAAAUGUUCCAUCGUCAUAACGAAGUCAGUCUUCAACAGCAGGCGGGCAAAUAGGCCGAUGUGAUGAUACGUAAUGUGAAAACGAAAACCUGAAAAAAAUCCCUCAUCGGUUUAGCUGUUACAAAACUGUGUGCCCCAUUAUCAUACCAUGGCCCAAGCGUGUAAAACACGCUGCCAUGUAAUUUUUUCUGCUGUUUAAUUUGCGCGUAUAUUGCAUCUGCUUCUUACGCGGUGUUCACCUUAUAAAAUGUAUAUUUGUAUCUCGUUAAGCUAGACAGAUUUUGGGGCAUUUUAUCAAGUCAUUCCUGUCAUGUCCUUUCCUCCGCGCUUUCUUUGUGGGAAAUAUAAACCGCCAACAAUACGGUGAUCACAUUA